AGCACAGACUUUUACUUUCCGUGAGCUGGCCUCAGCAACGAAGAAUUUCCGGCAGGAAUGUUUAGUGGGUGAGGGUGGAUUUGGAAGAGUCUAUAAGGGGAAACUUGAGAAUACCGGACAGGGAAACAGAGAGUUUCUUGUUGAGGUUUUGAUGCUGAGUCUCCUCCGCCAUCAAAAUCUGGUCAAUCUUGUAGGCUAUUGUGCUGACGGAGAUCAGAGGCUCUUGGUUUAUGAGUUUAUGCCAUUGGGAUCUCUUGAAGACCAUCUACUUGAUAUUCCACCAAACCAAAAACCACUAGGCUGGUUUACGAGAAUGAAAAUAGCUUCAGGUGCUGCUAAAGGUUUGGAGUAUUUGCAUGAUAAGGCCAACCCCCCUGUUAUAUAUCGAGAUCUGAAAUCAUCCAACAUCUUGCUAGACGAAGAUUUCAAUCCAAGACUCUCAGAUUUUGGCCUUGCCAAGCUUGGACCUGAUGGAGAUAAGACACAUGUAUCAUCACGUGUGAUGGGGACAUAUGGUUACUGUGCCCCAGAGUAUGCAAGAACAGGUCAGCUGACAGUGAAGUCGGAUGUAUACAGUUUUGGAGUUGUUUUACUGGAGUUAAUAUCUGGACGAAGAGCCAUUGACACCACUAGGCCAACAGAUGAGCAAAACCUAGUUUCUUGGGCACAACCCUUUUUCAAAGACCCAAAAACUUUCCCAGAUAUGGCUGAUCCACUCUUUCAAGGGGACUUCCCAGUGACAGGUUUGAAUCAAGCAGUCGCAGUCGCUGCCAUGUGUCUUCAAGAGGAAGCAUCAGUUCGUCCCUUGAUGAGUGAUGUUGUCAGUGCUCUCAGUUUCCUAUCAAUGGCUCCUGAAGAGGGGGUACCUCCACCUUUUCCUAUUUCAAGUUCACUUUCUAAGGAGAAAGCACCAAGUGAGGAUGGAGAUCAACAGGAUGAAGACAGCGCAGACGAACGCCAACUAGCUGUAGCAGAAGCUAUAGAGUGGGGUUCAAAUUCAAAGGAAACCCACACAAGUGGUCAGGAUGGAAGAGUUCAUUCAUUGUAAAAUAUAUCCAUCCUGUCCUAUGAUUAUGAUGAGUAUACCGAAAUUCUAUUUCCCUCCUCAUUCACGGUCCUUUCCUCCACAAAUCUUGUAUCUCUCAGUAUAAGAAUCAUAUUUUGGUUAUAAGGUAGCACUAAGUGAUUAAGCGAGGAUCAAAUAUAUACAUGGGAAGCAAGAUUUCAAGUGAGGUUCGCUUCUCCGGCCAUUUCAUGUUUAAUUAUUCUAAGUUUUGUGAAGAGUAGAUGAAUUUGAUACAACUUGGUUUUGGAUUCCAACCCGGCAGUGCAUCUGUUGAACACUCAAAUGUAACCUUGAAAUCAUACCAUGCAAAGUUAUGCAUGCAUAACUGCAUCAAUGGGCUACUUUUAUUGGCACAUUAGCCGGAAAAUGAAAUAAAAUGUUAAGGAAUUGUUUGU